GUGAACAUAUAAUAUGGGACACUAGCAGUGAAUAAUAUAUGUUUCAUGAGAGAUAUUUUUAUAUUUAAACAAUUUGAAAGCCUAUAUAUAUGUGACCUUACAUCAAGCAAGAAAAUACACUCUGUUAACAUGGCUAGCAAGCUCUCUUUCUUCUUUUGCAUUCUCCUUGUUUCACUGGCUGUUGAUUCAUUUUGGUCCUCAAACACUCAAGUGAUGGCUCUGCGAGAUCUACCUUUAUUAGAAGAAGCUGUACAAGUGAUUAAGCAGAUUGCAAUUACAAAGGUGGACCGUGUACACAAUGUCGGCUCAAAUAUGGCAAGCGAUCCAAGUUUACCACAUGCCAAAUUUGGAAAAAUUGACCGAUCCAUUUGAAUGUCGUAUGAAAAAAGUAGUGUUUUCUAUGAUCUUAUCUGUAUUACCUUUCUUUUUUGGUUUCUCAUUGAAUAAAGAAGUAGUUCUUAGUUAGUUUUUCAUUUCUGUUCGUUUCUUGAUUGGAUUCACGUCAAAUAGUGAAAACUGUUUUGCCUAGUAAA